AUGGCCGUGCCGGGGAGCCGGGGCGGCUUGGCACCCCGUGCCCACCUCGGGGGACCCCACGGCGCUGGGCGCCGGCGGCCGUGGCGGGUGCUGCUCCUGGCCUGGCUCAGCCUGGGCUGCGGCAUCGGCAUCGCGCAGGGCUCAGCCCCGGAGGUGCUGGUGCGGGGCCCCGAGCCCCCUGCCUGUGCUCGGCCUCGCCGGCAGCUGGCUCAAGGUGCCUGGGGGCCCUGGGGACCCUGGAGCGCCUGCUCCAGCUCCUGCGGGGACGGCGUCGCCUUCCGCGCCCGGAGGUGCCUGCGAUCCACCACAGAGGAGCCGUGCACGGGAGACCCGCGGCAGUACCGGCUCUGCCAGCUCCAGGGCUGCCCCGGUGGCUCGGUGCCUUUCCGCGCCAUGCAGUGCUCCCUCUACGAUGACAAGCCCAUCCCGGGCACGCAGGCCCGGUACCGCUGGGUGCCCUUCUACGGAGCCCCCAACGCCUGCAACCUCAACUGCCUGGCCGUGGGGCACAAUUUCUACUACACCUUCGGCCGGGUGCUGGACGGCACCCGCUGCGGCCCCGACUCCCCGGAGCUGUGUGUCGGCGGGCGCUGCCUGAGCGUCGGCUGCGACGGGAUCCUGGGCUCGGGUGCGCGGCCCCACGCCUGCGGCCGGUGCGGCGGCGGCCAGGACGGGUGCCUCUUGGUGCACCGGCUCUUCCAGGGCACGGAGCCCCCCUCCGGUUAUUUUGGGUACGUGAACGUGACCAAGAUCCCGGCUGGGGCCACCAACAUCAGGGUGACAGACAAGAGCCGCAACUACCUCGCCCUGAUGACAAGCGACGGGCGCUACGUGCUCAACGGGGACUGGUCCAUCGCCUGGCCGGGGCCGUACGAGGCGGCCGGCACCCGGCUGCUCUACGCCCGGACCCCCGACGGCACCGAGAGCCUGGAGGCGGCGGGGCCCACGGACGAGGAUCUCCACGUGCUGGUCCUGCUGCAGGAGCCCAACCCCGGCAUCGAGUACGAGUUCUGGCUGCCCCGUCCGCCUGCAGAGCCCCCGGCCCCCACACCGCCCCCCAGGACCCAGGGCCACACCACAGAGCCGCUGCCACCGAGAAACCCCCCUGGCCGCAGCGGGGCUGCCGCAGGGCGAUGCGGGAGGUGCCGGCCGCCCAAGGGACGCUCCCAGCGCAUCCGGCACUUCUGCCAGAGCGACUUCGUCUUCCAAGCCCGGAUCCUGGCGCGGCGCUCGGUGGGGCAGGAGACGCGCUACGAGGUGCAGGUGAAGACGCCGUACCGGCACCGCUUCCCGCUGGUGCCGCGCGAGUACGUGUGGGUGCCCGACGCCUGCGGCUGCCCCCCGCUCCUGGAGGGCCGCGAGUACCUGCUGAUGGCGCGGCGCCACGUCAACUACGAGCACACGCUGAACCGCAUCCUGCUGCAGCGCGACGGCUACGCGCGCCCGUGGUCGCCCCGCGAGGACCGGCUGGAGGGGACCCUGGUCUGCUCCUCCGUGCUCGCCGGGUGGCUGCCGGGUGCCGUGGCCUCCUUCACCACCUCCUUCCAGGGCGAUGCUUAUAAGGUCCACGUGCAGCUGCGUCCCCACGUGCAGCAGUUCCUCGAGAGCCUUUCCAAGACCUACGAGAUCUUCAUCUUCACAACAGCGAAGCAGGACUACGCUGAGAAGAUCCUGGAUGUGCUGGACCCCAAAAAGAAGCUGAUCAGGCGCUGCCUCUCCCAGCGGGACUGCCUCUGUGCCCACGGCUGCUACUGGAAGGAUCUGUCCCUGCUGGGCAGGGACCUGGCCAAGACGGUGGCCCUGGACCACACCAUCCAGGGCUUCCCCUCCCAGGCCGCCAACUGGAUCCCGGUGCCGAGGUGGUUUGGGGACCCUGGGGACGAGGAGCUGCUGCGCCUCGUCCCGCUGCUGGGACAGCUCUGCCGGGCGGACGAUGUGCGCACCGAGGCGCAGCAGCAGCUCCCACGCUACAGGCUGCCCGCCGAGGACUAG